AUGUCCUUGGCCAUGUUCAUUAUGUCACACUGUAGUAAAACAGCUUUUCUUAAUGUUCAGAUAAUAGGCCUACCUCCCCGUUUUGGGCUGUUUUCUUCAGUUUCGUACCUACUGAACACAACGCUAAUAAUCUCUCCAUUUCAAAUCUGAAAAGACAACUAUUUAUUUGACACGACUUAUCCUUGUUUCCCAGGGGACAGUGGGAAAGUGACUACGGUGGUGGCCACAUCUGGGCAGGGUCCCGACCGCCCACAGGAGGUGUCCUACACGGACAUCAAGGUGAUCGGGAAUGGCUCCUUCGGUGUGGUGUACCAGGCGCGCCUCAUCGACAGCCAGGAGAUGGUGGCCAUCAAGAAGGUGCUGCAGGAUAAGAGGUUCAAGGUAUGGAGGCCAUCCUUGUUGUCACCCAGAGUCAAAUUUGUUUAUUUUCUAAGCUACAGUGCCUUGUAAAAGUAUUCAUCCCCCUUGGCGUUUUUCCUAUUUUGUUGCAUUACAACCUGUAAUUUAAAUGGAUUUUAAUUGGAUUUCAUGUAAUGGACAUACACAAAAUAGUCAAAAUUGGUGAAGUGAAAUGAAAAAAAUAUAUUUUUUAAACAAAUUCUAAAAAAUAAAGAACUGAAAAGUGGUGUGUGCAUAUGUAUUCACCCCCUUUGCUAUGAAGCCCCUAAAUAAGAUCUGGUGAAACCAAUUACCUUCAGAAGUCACAUAAUUAGUUAAGUAAAGUCCACCUGUGUGCAAUCAAGUGUCACAUGAUCUGUCACAUGAUCUCAGUAUAUAUACACCUGUUCUGAAAGGCCCCAGAGUCUGCAACACCACUAAACAAGGGGCACCACCAAGCAAGCGGCACCAUGAAGACCAAGGAGCUCUCCAAACAGGUCAGGGACAAAGUUGUGGAGAAGUAUAGAUCAGGGUUGGGUUAUAAAAAAAAAUAUCAGAAACUUUGAACAUCCCACGGAGCACCAUUAAAUCCAUUAUUAAAAAUGAGCUGCAAAUCUCCACAGCGGAGAUUGGAGUAUUUGUCCAUAGGACCACUUUAAGCCGUACACUCCGUAGAGCUGGGCUUUACGGAAGAGUGGCCAGAAAAAAGCCAUUGCUUAAAGAAAAAAAUAAGCAAACACGUUUGGUGUUCGCCAAAAUGCAUGUGGGAGACUCCCCAAACAUAUGGAAGAAGGGUACUCUGGUCAGAUGAGACUAAAAUUGAACUUUUUGGCCAUCAAGGAAAACACUAUGUCAGGCGCUAACCCAACACCGCAUCACCCCGAGAACACCAUCCCCACAGUGAAGCAUGGUGGUGGCAGCAUCAUGCUGUGGGGAUGUUUUUCAUCGGCGGGGACUGGGAAACUGGUCAGAAUUGAAGGAAUGAUGGCGCUAAAUACAGGGAAAUUCUUGAGGGAAACCUGUUUCAGUCUUCCAGAGAUUUAAGACUGGGACGGAGGUUCACCUUCCAGCAGGACAAAGACCCUAAGCAUACUGCUAAACACUCGUAGUUUAAGGGGAAACAUUUAAAUGUAUUGGAAUGUCCUAGUCAAAGCCCAGACCUAAAUCCAAUUAAGAAUCUGUGGUAUGACUUAAAGAUUGCUGUACACCAGCGGAACCCAUCCAACUUGAAGGAGCUGGAGCAGUUUUGCCUUGAAGAAUGGGCAUAAAUCCCAGUGGCUAGAUGUGCCAUGCUUAUAGAUACCCCAAGAGACUUGCAGCUGUAGUUGCUGCAAAAGGUGGCUUUACAAAGUAUUGACUUUGAGGGGGUGAAGAGUUAUGCUCACUCAAUUUUUCAGUUUUUUUGUCUUAUUUCUUGCAUCUUCAAGUGGUAGGCAUGUUGUGUAAAUCAAAUGAUACAAACCCCCAAAAAAUCCAUUUUAAUUCCAAGUUGUAAGGCAACAAAAUAGGAAAAAUGCCAAGGGUGGUGAAUACUUUCACAAGCCACUGUAUAGCACAUAAUUUAUAUAAAGCAGUUUUUUAAUGGACCAUAACUCUGAGUUUGCUUUGGAGGUUUUUGCAAUAGAAAAUGUAGUUUCAUGAAACUGUAUUGUGACAACACUAAAUUGUCUUAUCCUUUACAUCAUGAGACUAUCAUAAUAAUGAUGAUAAAUCAAUUUUUUGAUUGGUCUCGUAAAUUCCCACUAAUGUUAUGAGUAGCCUGCUUGUUUUUCUGAAUACAGGACACACCUUUGUAAUUUUACAAGGAACAUUUCCAAAUUACUUUGUGGGAGGAAAUUGGUAUUGUGGCCUAUGUUUUUAGGUGACGGAAAUGUGCACUUGAACGAACGCGUAUCACGCGCAUUGUUAAGAUCAAUGCACUUACAGGUCAAUCAGAAACCCUUGACAUUUCCCACUGUUCAAUUCCAAAGCUGUUCUUUGUUUAAUACAUUUCCUAUGCAGAACCGAGAGCUACAGAUCAUGCGAAAGUUGGACCACUGCAAUAUCGUGAGGCUACGCUACUUCUUCUACUCUAGUGGUGAAAAGGUAGGUUGCCAUCCAUUGUUUUUGGCACACCUUAACGCAGAAAUGAAAAUGCUGAGCACCUGAACUGUCGGUUUCCUCUUCAUAUGAGCCAUUCUUCCACCAAGUUUUUUAUAUUUGUAAAGAGUUUUUUUCAUUGUACAAGAAUAAUCUCAGAGGACAUAUCGAGUUAUAAUAAUAAACAAAAAUAACGAUAAAACAUUUACAAAAUUAAAAAACUAUAAAAAAAACUAUAUAUAAAACAAAUGAACAUUAAAAAUAUACUCUACAAAUAAAAAAAUUAGAAAAAUAAAAUAAUAAUAAUUGUAAAGUGGUUGUCCCACUGGCUAUCAUAUGGUGAAUGCACCAAUUUGUAAGUCGCUCUGGAUAAGAGCGUCUGCUAAAUGACGUAAAUGUAAAAUAUGAUUAGUGGAGUCAUAGUGAUUUUCAGUUCUCUUCGCCCUAUACAGAAGGAUGAGGUGUUUCUCAACCUGGUGCUGGACUUUGUCCCGGAGACUGUGUACAGGGUGGCCCGGCAUUUCAACAAGGCCAAAAGCAUCAUUCCUAUAAUUUACAUCAAGGUAACUCCCUCGCCUUCACUUUCUCUCAUUCGUUGUCCCACUUUUGCUUGCCUCAGCAUCUGUUCAUUGGACUUUGAUUGUCUAGUAUAAGUCAUUCAAUUAUGAACUAUCCAGGGUUUAUUUUUUUUACUCUCCCAGAAAGGCUUGGCAUUGUCACAGAAUGACCCCGUCUUAUUGAUUUGUUUAUGGUUCUAAUUGGUCUACGUCGGCCAUUUUGUCUCAUCUCAGGUGUACAUGUACCAGCUGUUUCGCAGCUUGGCCUAUAUCCAUUCCCAGGGUGUCUGCCACCGAGACAUCAAACCCCAGAACCUGCUGGUGGACCCUGAAACGGCAAUCCUUAAACUCUGUGACUUUGGGAGGUAAGCUGGUCAGAUAUUUCCCUCCACACAGACAGUGUGUUAAUAUACUAUUGAUCCAAUAUGGCUGACUGGUACCUAGUAUUGAAGUAAACCUGGGUCAUAUGUGUCCUGACUGAAUGUGUUGAAUAAAUGGGCUCAACCAGAAUGUGAAAUGGAUCUAUGCCCUCCCUUGAAUGGGGCUAUGUAACACUGAUCCAGUUGUGUCCUUAGUUACAAUCUCCUACUCACACCCUUUUCAUUGUGUAUUUUGCCCAUAGUACAUCCAUUUCUGUUACUGUGCAGACAGACGCAGGGCUGCUUUCUAUAAAAAGGAUUCAUUGUAAAUCAAUAAGGAUUAAUCUCACUUAAGUAUACAGUACAGGGAGAACAAGUAUUUGAUACACUGCUGAUUUUGCAGGUUUUCCUACUUACAAAGCAUGUAGAGGUCUGUAAUUUUUAUCAUAGGCUUCAACUGUGAGAGACGGAAUCUAAAACAAAAAUCCAGAAAAUCACAUUGUAUGAUUUUUAAGUAAUUAAUUAGCAUUUUAUUGCAUGGGAGCCCCACCCCUCAUUCAUCGGUUUAUCAAGCGCUGUAUACCAUAGUUCCCACUAAACGUGAAAGGGUAGUGUGGUCUGAGUAUUAGCCUCUACUGCUGAGCAUCUACUGCUUAUCUUACCAGUGACAACUGUUGCAGUAGUUAGAGAUGGAAGUAUUGUAAGAACACUGUAUUAGCAUAACCUAGACUCAGUUUAGAAUACUGUAUUAACCUAGAUUUAGCUUAGAAUACUGUAUUAGUCUAACCUAGCGGUUCCCAAACUAGGGGUCGCGACCCCAAAUGGGGUUGCCUGAUAUGAAAAUGGGGUCGCGGGAGAAUUUCCCAAAUCCUGGUAAAAAAUAUAUCUCUCAUCUUUGUCUCUGAAUUAUUGUAAUGUGGUUAACCUUAAAAAUGAAAGUUAUUCAAAUCUAAAAGUAAAUAUUCUACCAGAGCGCCCUUAGAUCGUGGGAAAAGGCAGCACUUGGUUGUUACACUUGAAUCAUUCCCAUGGUGAAUGGCUAAGCCCGCUACGCUAUGAAACCACACUAUUGCAGAGACUUUCAUAUUACCGGCCGCAAUUGAUAUGGGGAUAACAAUGUGUGGGGAGGCACAGAAACUCCCAUCAAUACCUUUGUCAGAUAACGCUGUGAAACUAAGAAUUGAUGCUAUAGCUAGCAAUCUAGAGGCAACUCUGACUGAACAUCUCAAACUCCCCACCUUAUGCUCUCCAAAUGGACGUUAGCUGUGAGGGCUGAGAUGCAUUGACAUUUGUUCGCUGUAUGUAGCGGGGAUGCUAUUCACGAGGACAUAUUGUUUGAGCAUGAAACGGCACAGAGGAUGUUCAGUGUGCUGCGUGGCUAUAUUGACGAAAAACCAAUUCCAUGGGAUCGAAGGUGGGCUUUUGCACAGAUGGGGCUCCAUCUAUAACGGAACGGCGCCGUUAUGAAUGCGUCUCCCUCUGCCAUAUGGACGCAUUGUAUAAUACACCCACUGAGCUAUAAUGGAUACACCGAGAGCAACUGGCGGCAAAAGAGCUGAGUGCAGAUCCUGAAGACAUGCAGCAGCUAACUUCGAUUGUACACUACAUGGCGAGAUGGGAUCAGAGCAUGACAAUGUUCUAUUUCACACCAAGGCUUGGUGGUUAUCGAGGGGGAGUGUUGGAACUCUUUUUCGAAUUGCGAGAGGAACUGUUGUCAUUCGCAAUGGAUGUAAAAACAGACUUGACUUUCUGUGUAAUGAAAAGAAAAGGUGUCUCCUUGCCUAUGUAAUAGACCUAUUUGGGAAACAGAACGAACUGUGUCCGAAUCAGCAAAAUCCGUUUGACUGAUCCUGGCUGAGUUGACAUGCCAGUAAGUGAAAUUGAACAGCUGACUGAGCUGUCAUGUGACGCUGAUUCAGUGCUCUCGUCUGCAUUAAAAACAAAUAUCGAACCAGGUCGGAUGUGACAGGCGAGAUGAGGUAUGCACUGUCGACCACUCCCCCUGACUUUGAGAAGCUCCGACGCGAUAUGCAUCAAGCACACCCAUCUCAUUAGUGCUGGUGAGAUAAGAGAAAUUGUCAUACUGUUUUGCAAUUGACUGUCAUAGCCCUACAUAAAAGUAUAUGAUGGUGAGUUGAGAAUACAGUCAGAAAUACUGUUAGAAUGUUUUGCAAUUGACUGCCAUAGCCCCAAUUAAUUGUUGGGGUCGCGAGUGUUUUCAGAUAUCAAAAUGGGGUCGAGGGCCAAAAGAAUUUGGGAUCCCCUUUAACCUCUGCGGUUUACCCCUACCUGCAGUGCUAAGCAGCUGAUUCGUGGGGAGCCCAACGUGUCGUACAUCUGUUCGCGGUACUACCGCGCCCCAGAGCUCAUCUUCGGCGCCACCGACUACACGGCCAACAUCGACAUCUGGUCGGCGGGCUGCGUGCUGGCCGAACUGCUGCUGGGACAGCCCAUCUUCCCUGGGGACAGCGGAGUGGACCAGCUAGUGGAGAUCAUCAAGGUAAGUAAAUAGGAAGAGGGUGUGUUUGUAUAUGGGUAACACUACAGGGACAAAAUACCUGACAUUCUGAUUACAUACCAGCAUUAGGAGGACAUUUGGCUUAUGAGGACAUUGUGUGUGUGUGUGUGGUGGGGGAAAGUGAUAUAAUAAUCAGUGAUGUGGAGAGAAACAAAAUGAUAUCCGUUGUACACUACUAACUGUAUACUUGUAUGUCUGCUACUCAGGUUUUGGGAACCCCGACACGGGAACAGAUCCGAGAAAUGAACCCCAACUACACAGAGUUUAAAUUCCCCCAGAUCAAAGCGCAUCCCUGGACAAAGGUAAAUGGUUAUUAUAUAUUUUUAAUGUAAGCUUUAUUAUAUUUUUGGCUUUCAAGUAAUGUAUUUUAUUUUUUAUGGAAUUGUUUCAUGUUGUGUGUGUGUACUUGUACCUCCUCUCGCAGGUGUUUAAGCCUCGCACCCCUCCAGAGGCCAUCGCCCUGUGCUCGCGCCUGCUGGAGUACACCCCGGUCACGCGCUUUUCGCCCCUGGAGGCCUGCGCUCACGCCUUCUUCGACGAGCUGCGCCAGCCCAACGCCCGGCUGCCUAGCGGCCGAGAGCUGCCCCUGCUCUUCAACUUCAGCACCACCGGUCAGUACACCUUGUUGACCCCGCUCUGUUGAUCCCUGACCUUUCUGUGACCCGAAAGUAGUUUAAUCAAUUUAAAUUCAGGGAAUCAAUUGAAACUCCAAUUCAAUAAUUGAAAUGGACCUGACCCCAACUUUGUUUUGUGACCUAUGCAUAUAUUCUGCACCUACUUUUAGGAUAUCUACAAUAUGAAGUUUAGAAUAUAUUUGUUUGUUUUCAAUGUGUAUUGUAGUAUAGCUAUGUGUUGGAAUGUUUGAAAUUGUAAGACUUUGACCCAAUUUUGUAACACUAUGACCUUGGUCUUACCACACAGUCUUAUAAAACUAAUGCUAUUUCCUAUCUCUUUAUUUUUCUCUCUUAUCCUUCCAGAGCUGUCAAUCCAGCCCCAACUGAACUCCACCCUCAUUCCUCCUCAUGCCCGCACACAGACUGCUUCAUCUGGUACAACCCCCCCCCCCCCCCCCCCCCCCCCCUGUCUCAAAACAUAGUAAUUGGCUACACAUGUCACUUCAGUGGAUAGAGUAGCUGUCAAUCAUGAAUUCCCAUAUCUGCACCGAGUGUCAUGAAGCAGUGAUUGGCUUGCAGACAUUCUAGGUUAGGUGGAGCUCUAGGCAAAAUCCAAAUGGAUAGUACGAUGAAGGCUGCUUUCACAAAUGGAAAGAAUAAUGUCAUGUUUCUGGUCAUUGUAACCUUCCUGUAUAAGACAGCAGCCAGCCAAAGGGGCACCAGCCUGAGAACCACACCUGUUGGUCCCUUUCUGCAUUAAGAACCACACCUUUUUGCAUUGUAAACGUUUGUAGUCUAAAGGAGGUCCUCUAACUGGAAACCUGGAAAAAGUUUUCUGAUCAGUUUUAGUGGAGGUCUUACUACAUCCUCUUACUACAAUUAGCUGCGUAAUUGCUUAUGUUUACAGUGUAUUCUUGACAAGCAAAAUCAGUGUAUUAUAUCCACUCAAUAUACCUAACACUAUUUCUCUACCACUUCCCUCUCUCUAUUCAUCUCUUUCCUCUAUCCCUCAGUAGAUGGCUCUGGGUUAGACGGCUCCUCUCAGCACAGCUCAAUACCCGGAUCGCUAAACAACAGCACCUGA